GCUGCCCUUAGGAAAUCAUAGAGACGGGGGUCCAGCGGAGGCGUCGCGCACCAUAGAGUGGCGCUGUGUCCGGCCCAGAGCGCCUCCCCGGCUCGCUCGUUGACUCUCCCCCAAGAUGGCGCAGCAGGUGAACAUCACGGAGCUGACGCUGCCGCAGCUCGAGGUGCUGAAGAACCAGCUGGACCAGGAAGUGGAGUUCCUCUCCUCCUCCAUCGCCCAGCUCAAGGUGGUGCAGACCAAGUAUGUGGAAGCCAAGGACUGUCUGAAUGUGCUCAACAAAAGCAACGAAGGGAAGGAGCUGCUUGUCCCGCUAACCAGCUCUAUGUACGUCCCCGGGAAGCUCUCCGACGUUGGCCACGUGCUGGUAGACGUGGGGACAGGCUACUACGUAGAAAAGACAGCAGACAAUGCCCGAGAUUUCUUCAAGAGGAAGAUAGACUUUCUGACCAAACAGAUGGAGAAAAUUCAGCCAGCACUGCAGGAAAAACAUGCCAUGAAACAAGCUGUGAUGGAAAUGAUGAGCCAGAAGAUCCAGCAGCUAACGGCCAUGGGGGCUUCACAGGCUGCAGCAACCAAGGCAUAGCCUUUGGCAUCGGUUCCUUGGGCCCCGCAUGCUGCGCCUUGACUGUGGCAUUUUGUUCUCUUACGAGCAGAGUCUUAAAACCACCGACGAAGCAGCUGGGGCCGAAAUCAUCAUGGCGCCAUCGGGAGGCAUCUGCUCUUUGUGCUGGUGGCUGUUAUGUGCGUGCAGUGUCUUAAGUGCAAACCUGAUGGAAGCUCUUCCCCUUUUGUAUGUGGCAGGUGAUAUCAAUGUGCGAGAUAAAUUAAAGCAUUGCGGAACAGUA